UAAAGAUGAAAAAGAGAAGACUCCCGUUGAUUCAUGAUCGUCAAAAGAGGUUUUACAGCACAGUGCGUGAACAUUGAGAAUUGCGCACGGUACCAUACCUUUCGCUUACUUGCACUUGGCCUUUUCCCAAAGCCCCAUAGCCAACCGAUUUUACCCAUCACCGAGCCAGCUGACAGUAGCUGACACGCUCUCUCUCUCUCUCUCUCUCUCUCUCUCUCUCUCUCCUUGAUUUCCUUGAAAUGACGAUGCGGUGGAAAAUACAGUCAUGGUCCCAAUUAGUUCUUAUGUAGCUGUACACACGUACAAUUCCCUCUGUUUCGCAUCUUCCAAGGUCGUAUAGCUCGAAAUCUUGGCCAUUUAUUAUCCGGGGUAUGCUCUGCUUGCUUUACUUCGCUGUAAACGAGGAAUGCAGGGAUCAGGGUGAUCGUUGCCAGUUACUACAUUUCUUUAGGAUGGCACUCAGCUCGAACUCGUUCAAGUUUCUUGGUUUAGUUAUGGGAAUUGAUUCUUUGAUAAAGUUCUGAUUUUCUUUCCUUUUAAGCGGUUCAAUCCGGGAUUUGGCAGAAUUCAGAAAUGAAUGCCAGAGUCAGAACAAGGCUUCAGUCCAUGAGAUCUCCUCUCAAUUAUGAAAAACUGGAUAUGCAGGGGAACAAGGUAAACGAUGCUGUAAAAGCAACCGCGAGUCAACGACCCUCCAGCAAAGAGAGAAAAUUUGCUUUGAAGCAAGACAUUGAUAAACUCAAGAAAAAGCUCAGACACGAAGAGAACAUUCACAGAGCUUUGGAGAGGGCUUUCAAUAGACCUUUGGGAGCUCUACCUCGUCUUCCCCCCUAUCUCCCUGCUUAUACAUUGGAGCUUCUUGCCGAGGUGGCUGUUCUGGAAGAGGAAGUGGUUCGGCUCGAACAGCAAAUUGUGCAUUUUAGACAGGAUCUGUAUCAUGAAGCUGUCUAUAUAUCAUCCUCCAAAAGGGGCGCAGAAAAUUCAGCUGAUUCAUAUGCCCCAUACCCGGUUAAGAAUCACAAACUAGAGCGACGCAAAUUUUCAGCUCUAAAUGGGUGUGAUUCAUCAGUGUCCACAAGGAGGCAUAAACCUUCUCUUUCUGAUGAUGGUCGGGGACACGAGGAUCAAUCAUGUACAAAUUCAGUAAAGAAUGUAAAGGGAUCCUCGAUCCAUAAACCCCAAACAAUAAAAACUCCAGUUAAGGGACCUCUCAUAAGCCAAAGAUCAGCAGAGAAGCGUUUAGAUCAUCAGAAUUUACAGGUAGAAUGCAGAUUGAAAGACCAAGCAAGUCUAGACACAAGAACCCCUGAUGAAGGGCCAGGAGAUGAUGGCCCAAACAGAAUUUCUGAAAAUAUAGUGGAAUGCUUAUCUAGCAUUCUCCUAAGAAUGAGUUUGAAGAAGAAUCAAAGUAGUGCUGAAAAUUUACCCUCCAUAUUGACCUCUUCAACUCGAGAAAGCAGUGAAGAAACAAAUUAUUGGGAUCCUUAUGGUGUUUGUUCAGUAUAUGGAAUGAGAGAUAUUGGUCCAUAUAAGAAAUUAUGUCACAUUGAAGCUGGCUCAAUCAAUCCAAACCGAACAGCAAAUUCUGUGUUUCUACUUCGUAGAUUAAAACUCCUCCUGGGGAAACUUGCCUCUGUCAACUUAGAAAGCCUCAUCCAUCAGGAGAAGCUAGCAUUCUGGAUAAACAUUUACAAUUCCUGCAUGAUGAAUGCAUUCCUAGAACACGGAAUACCAGAGAGCCCUGAGAUGGUUGUUGCUUUGAUGCAGAAGGCAACAAUAAAUGUUGGGGGACACUUGCUAAAUGCAAUAACUAUAGAACAUUUCAUCUUGAGAUUGCCUUACCGCUCAAAAUAUACAUUUGUAAAGGGUGCGAAAAACGAUGAGAAGACUAGGAGAAGCAUAUUUGGAUUGGAGUUUUCUGAACCCUUGGUGACAUUUGCCCUAUGCUGUGGAAGCUGGUCCUCCCCUGCUGUGAGGGUGUACACAGCAUCUCAGGUUGAGAAAGAACUGGAAGUGGCUAAAAGGGAGUACUUACAGGCUGCAGUUGGAAUUUCAACUACCAAGUUUGCUAUCCCAAAGCUUUUGGAUUGGUAUUUGCUCGACUUUGCAAAGGAUUUGGAAUCGUUGCUUGAUUGGAUCUGUCUUCAGUUACCAAGUGAACUUGCCAAAGAAGCAAUUGGGUGUGUUGAGAGAGGCAAAAAGGAAACUCUUUCACAGUUUGUCCAAAUUAUUCCAUACGAGUUUAGUUUUAGGUACCUUUUAUACUCUCAAUAAACUUUGCAAUUUCCUUGUAUACACAGCUAUAGAAUGCAUAAGAAAGGCAGUUUGUAUAUGAUACCUUGUAAGUAGUAUUCGUGAGAUGAAUGGUCUCUUCACCUUUUGGUUCAGCAUGUACUAUGCUUUGAAAAGAGUUUCAAAUAAAAGGAAAUUUAUUGAGUCCUAA